CUGCAUAGUAGAUGAGCUGCUUGUUCCCCAAAACGAACGAUUACUUCUGAUCCUGGACAUUUUCAGGCCUGUAGAUCUGUGCUUAAAAUGUUAAAUGUUGUGUUUUCUCCUCGGCUCGGUUCGCUUUCACAAGGCAACAUUUCAAAACGUACCAAAGUGUGUUUAUACAAGUCACACAUGAGUAAACUGACCUCCCAUUGGCCAGAGUGUGCCUGUUUAGGUUCUGCUCAUAGCAGUCCUCUAUCAAGAUGGAAAGACAGCAGCUCCGUGUAGUUGUUAUAAUUUAUCAGUUUGAGCAGGACUGUUGGGUCGGAUUGCUUUCUCUCCAGAAGCAAACCGCUCCAGAGAUCGAUUGUUUUGGUGUUUGUAUAUGUCUAAACGACCCUAACCAAGGGAGAAAACGCACCGGGUUCCAAAGCAGACGUCCCAAACGAGCCAGGUGUGGAAACACCCACCGUCUAUCCUGAGGGCUAAACAAACUGAAACUGUGUCCAAAUAGCAAAGAAAGUUCAACUACAACACUGUCAGCAGAAUGAAUGCAUGAUUAUCAGAUGCACACUACGCAGCUUCAAAUCUGUUUAUAGUUCAUUAGGUACCACUCCAGCGAAGACGUUCUCCUCCACACAAUACAGUAUGGCAUCUGCUAAACACAAGAACGCAAAAAGGAUAGAAGGACUAGACAAAAACGUAUGGGUUGCCUUCACAUCUGUAGCAGCAGAUCCCUCCAUCGUGAAUCUUGGUCAGGGUUUCCCAGACAUUUCCCCUCCAUCUUACGUGAAAAAUGGUCUUGCGCAAGCUGCAAUGGUGGACCGGCUCAACCAGUACACACGGGGCUUUGGUCACCCAACUCUGGUAAAAGCCCUGUCUCAGGUGUACAGUAAGGUGCAUAACCGUCAAAUCGACCCUUUCAAAGAGAUCCUGGUGACUGUGGGAGCUUACGGCUCUUUAUUCAGUAUGUUUCAGGCCCUUGUGGAAGAGGGAGACGAGGUUAUAAUAAUUGAACCCUUCUAUGACUGCUAUGUUCCUAUGGUUAAGAUGGCAGGAGCCAGACCGGUUUUAAUACCACUUCGCCUUAAAUCCAGUAAGAAGGCAGACAGCAGCAGUGCAGACUGGGUUCUGGAUCAGGACGAACUUGCCAGUAAAUUUAAUUCCAAAACAAAGGCCAUCAUCAUUAACAAUCCUAAUAACCCCAUCGGGAAGGUGUUCAGCAGGAGCGAGCUGCAGGCUAUCGCAGAUCUCUGCAUCAAGCACGACACGUUGUGCUUCAGCGAUGAGGUGUAUGAAUGGAUCACAUACAAGGGGCAUGAGCAUGUGAAGAUAGCGACUCUUCCUGGCAUGUGGGACCGAACCCUUACCGUUGGUAGCGCGGGAAAAACAUUCAGUGUGACCGGUUGGAAGCUGGGUUGGUCCAUAGGACCUGGGCACUUGGUCAAACACCUCCAAACGGUCAUGCAGAACACACUGUACACCUGUGCAACACCACUACAGGAGGCAGUUGCACAUGGACUUCUGCUGGACUGCGAGCGAAUGGGGCAGCCUGACUGCUAUUUCUCUGCCCUAGCUGAAGAGUUGGAGGGAAAGAGAGACCGUCUUGCAGCCAUUUUGAAGGAGGCGGGGAUGUGUCCUGUAGUUCCAGAAGGAGGUUACUUUAUGCUCGCCGAUGUCACAGCUCUCAAUCAGGAUGUUUCAGACGUGGAAGGUGAUGAGCCGUAUGACUACAAGUUUGUCAAGUGGAUGAUAAAGGAGAAGAAAUUGGCCGCCAUUCCUGUGACAGCGUUCUGCGGGGACGAAUCCAAGAAGCAGUUUGAGAAAUACAUCCGGCUGUGUUUCAUUAAGCAAGACAGUACGCUGGACGCUGCUGAGGUUAUUCUGAAGAACUGGAACAACGCUUGACAGACGUUACAGCAACGCUGCAUUAGCCUUCAUCUCUCAGCGCUGUAGGGGAGAGCCACAUUCCUUUUGAUGAACUUGUACAGUUGGCUGGGUAGAGAAGUGUUUUUAGCCCCAUUGAAGUCAAUUACAGACAAUUACAGCUGACCUUAUGUUAUGUGAACGUGGACUACCUUUUACUCUCUUUAAAUGUUUGGUUUGAGUCCUGAAUACAGUGUGAUCUAAUUAGAGGUUCUUCUAUUGGACCGUUAUGUUAAUUUCCCGGAUUGAAUGAGAUACAAUGUAUGAAUCACUUGUCUCAGAUGGCAUUCAGCAGGACUUGCUUGAUGUUUGUGAUUCUAGUUCAUCUUAACUAAAACGUUCUGAGGCAUAGGCAGGGACGGAUGAACACAGGACAUUAAAAAUCACAUUGGUCAGUCUUGCCUCAGGCAAAAGGUAGAGUCAAAUUAAAACCUUUUUUUUUUUGCCAGAGGAAGUAUCCCUGCUGAUACAUCCCAUUGGUGUAGAGUUCUUAUUUACCUCACAUUGCACACAGGAAACGAUAUACAUUUGUGACAACUAUGUAAUCUCCAUUUUUGUUCAAAGUGUUCCAGUGCUUCAGACGUGUUCAGACUUUAGAAAAUAAAAGUGUGACAAAUUAUUCUUUAAGUUUU